AUGGAUCAAACAAAGGGUUACGAACACGUUCGGUACACUGCACCUGACCUUAGAGAUGAAGGGCUUGGCUCCAUUAACCAAAGGUUUCCACACGAUUCUUCAACUAGUAUUAACUCAAACGUACGACCUCCGGAUUAUGGUAUCCCGACCCCUGCUCGGCCUGUGAACUACUCAAUACAGACUGGUGAAGAGUUUGCUUUUGAGUUUAUGAGAGACAGAGUUAUCAUGAGACCACAAUACAUCCCCAAUGCGUAUGGUGAGCCCAGUGGUAUUCCUCUUCCUGUUCCUGUUAACUUAAGUGUUAAGGGAAUGGUCCAUCCCAUGUCUGAGAGUGGCUCGAACACCACAGCAGAAAAACGCCAUGCCUUUGAGCAAGAGAGGAAACCGCCUUCUAGGAUUGAAGAUAAGAGCUAUCGUGAGCUGGUCCAGUCAGCCCCAGUUAUCCCUUCGAGAAAUGAUUCUGGUCAGAGGAUUCAUAGUUUGGUUUCUUCUAGAGCUUCUGAUGGCUCUUUGAACCACGCAAAGUUCUUGUGUAGUUUCGGUGGUAAAAUCAUACCCCGCCCUAGGGAUCAGAAACUCAGAUAUGUAGGCGGUGAAACGCGUAUCAUACGGAUCAGCAAGGCUAUUUCUUUCCAAGAACUCAUGAACAAGCUGUCAGAAAUGUUCCCUGAAGCACGGACGAUUAAAUAUCAGCUGCCAGGCGAGGAUCUCGAUGCCCUUGUUUCUGUAUCUUCUGAUGAGGAUUUGCAAAACAUGAUGGAGGAAUGUUAUGGGUUUGGUAAUGGAGGAUCUGAGAAGCCCAGGAUGUUCUUGUUUUCAACCAGUGAUCUAGAGGAGGCUCAUUUCGGUAUGGGAGCUGGAGAUGGUGAUUCUGAGGUUCAGUAUGUUGUUGCUGUUAAUGGGAUGGGUAUGAGUUCGCAAAAGAGUUCCCUUGACAUAAGUGCUUCCGGCAACAAUUUGAAUGAACUACUUCACAGUAAUAUUGAUAAGGAGAUCAGUCGAGCUGCCACAGAACCAGCAGUGGCUUUUGUUGCUCCCUUGGCAGGUGAUGGAUCUUUAUCAGCGAGCCAAACUUCUCAACCUGUAACAGGUUUUCCCACUGGAAAUGAGCCAUUUCCACAGCCUUAUCUAGGACAGCAAUUGCACUUCACUGGAGUUGGUAACCACCAAGUUUACACAUCAGGUCACAUGGCAAGUGUUGGCUAUAUAGAUGAGAAGGGGUCUGCUCCUUUGCAUGUUCAACCACAAUCUCAUUAUAUCCCUUAUUCUGUGAAUCCUCAACCACCUCUUGAAAGUCUGGUGCCUCACUAUCCACAUAAAUCUGAGCAAGGAAUUUUGCGCGAGGAGCAGAUCUUUCAUGUACAAGAUCCUGAAGCUUCAUCAAAAGAGGCCAAAAUGAGAAGAGAUGACUCAAUUCAAAAGGUAACUGAUCCUGCUAAUGUAUCUACUGUUGAAAGCAAUCUUUCGGCAAAGGAGCCAAAGACUAGAAGAGAAUCCUCAACCCCAAGGGUCAGUGAGUAUUCUGUUUCCUCUGUGUCUGGUGAGUUAACGGUCCCAGAUCACCUCCUGAAGGAAGAAGCUCCAGUUGCCACAGAAUUAUCCAAUUCAACACCAGAUCCAAGUUCUUCAGCUUGUCCAGAGAAAAGUCAGAAAAAAUCCCAGGACCAUGUUGAGAACAAUCUUUCAGCAAAGGAGCCAAAGGUGAGGAAAGAACAGUCCACUACAAGAGUCAGCGAGUAUUCUGUUUCCUCGGUAUCUAGCGAUGUGGUCCCAGAUCACACCCUCAAGGAAGAAACUCCUAUUUCCAAGCAAAUAUCCAAUUUAACACCAGAUCAGAGUUCCUUUGUUCAUCCAGAAAAAAGUCUUAGAACAUCCCAGGACUAUGUUCGGAAGACAAGUGCCUUAGAUACAACUAGUGAAGGCAUGAAAAUCAAUCAGGACAAGCAAUCUUCUCUACCUGGAGGAUUCUCAGCAUCUGGACUUGUUACUUCAGAUGGUGAUUCAUCUAUGGUGAGCAAUGUCGACCAGCCUGUGCUUCAUCAAAGGAUUUUUCAUUCUGAGCGCACUCUACGAGAUCCAGCAGAAACUAACCGCUUGUCUAAAUCUGAUGAUUCCCUUGGUUUUCAAUUCCUGCCUAUCAGCGAAUCAGCUGAAACUUUUCAUGAAGCAACUUUGGAAUCCCAGAAUGUUCAUUCUACUGCACCAGUAAGACCAGCUCCUGAAAGCCUCUGGACAGCCAAGAAUAGUAUCUCACAGUCUGAAAAAAGAAACUUGGAACCUAACCCCCCGGAGCAUGUAAGUCAGUCAGAGACUUUAGUCAAGGCUGUUCCCGGAGGACACAUUGAGAACGGGGAUAUAGUUGUUGAUAUAAAUGAUAGGUUUCCUCGUGAUUUUCUUGCUGAGAUAUUGAAAGCGAAAGAGUCUCCAAACUCCCCUGGACUAGGGCCAUUGCAUGCUGAUGGAGCUGGAGUGAGUUUAAACGUUCAGAAUCUUGACCCUAAAACGUGGUCGUAUUUUCGAAAUUUGGCACCGGAUGAGUUUGAGAGGAAGGAUCUAUCCCUUAUGGAUCAGGACCACCCUGGAUUUCCCACUUCCCUGACUAACACUGACGGAGUUCCUAUUGAUUAUAGCUACCCACCAUUGCAGUCUGAGAAAGUUGCUCCAACUCAGAUAAAUCCACAAAUCCACUUUGAUGGAAAUAUCCAGUCAGAUGUGUCUACCACUGCCGUAGCUGAUUCAAACACAAUAAACACACAAGCAGAUUACGUUCAGUCACAGCUCAAUGGUGCUGAAAGCACAGAUGCAACUGUGAAUACUGGAGUUCCUCUUAUUGACUUCGUGGCUGUGGACAGUAAUAUCAGGUCUCUGCAGGUCAUUAAAAAUGACGACUUGGAAGAACUAAAGGAAUUAGGUUCUGGUACCUUUGGAACUGUUUAUCAUGGAAAAUGGAGAGGUACAGAUGUAGCUAUCAAGCGAAUCAAAAGGAGCUGUUUUAUUGGCCGUUCAUCUGAACAAGAGAGAUUGACCUCAGAGUUCUGGCACGAAGCUGAAAUUCUUUCCAAGCUCCAUCAUCCAAAUGUUAUGGCAUUCUACGGCGUAGUGCAAGAUGGCCCAGGAGGAACUUUAGCUACAGUGACAGAGUACAUGGUCAAUGGCUCGCUUAGACAUGUUCUGCUCAGCAACAGGCAGAUUGAUCGACGAAAGCGACUUAUGAUUGCAAUGGAUGCAGCUUUUGGGAUGGAAUAUCUGCACUCAAAGAACAUAGUGCAUUUCGAUUUAAAGUGUGACAACUUGCUUGUCAACUUAAAGGAUCCCGCUCGUCCCAUAUGCAAGGUUGGUGAUUUCGGUCUGUCAAAGAUAAAAAGAAACACUUUAGUCACUGGCGGCGUAAGAGGGACCCUCCCUUGGAUGGCUCCCGAGCUACUUAGUGGCAGCAGCAGCAAAGUUUCUGAAAAGGUCGAUGUGUUCUCUUUUGGAAUCGUCUUGUGGGAAAUUCUUACCGGUGAGGAACCCUACGCCAAUAUGCAUUACGGCGCAAUAAUAGGAGGGAUAGUGAACAAUACACUGAGACCAACGGUGCCAAGCUACUGUGAUCCGGAGUGGAGGAUGUUGAUGGAGCAGUGUUGGGCUCCUGACCCAUUUGUUCGACCUUCCUUCCCUGAGAUAGCCAGACGACUCCGCACCAUGUCCUCCUCUGCAAAAGCUCACGCCGCCAACCACCAAAUCCACAAGUAA